ACAGGGCGGCUUCCGGGAUGUGGUCCGACCUUUGUCUCUCGCUGCUGCCGGAGGUGAAGGCCUUGUCCUUACUGCUGUGUGUCCUCUGCUCCUAGAGGUCCAGCCUCUGUGGCCCUAUGACCUGCAGGUAUUGGGAGAUCCACAACUAAGUCGCCAGGACCCCCGGAAGCCUAGAAAUGGGAUCAUUGACAUUUAGGGAUGUGGCCAUAGAAUUCUCUCUGGAGGAGUGGCAAUGCCUGGACUCUACACAGCAGAAUUUAUAUAGGAAUGUGAUGUUAGAGAACUACAGAAACCUGGUCUUCCUGGGUAUUGCUGCCUUUAAGCCAGACCUGAUCAUUUUUCUGGAGCAAGGAAAAGAGCCCUGGAAUAUGAAGAGACAUGAGAUGGUGGAAGAACCCCCAGUUAUAUGUUCUCACUUUGCUCAAGACCUUUGGCCAGAGCAAGACAUAGAAGAUUCUGUCCAAAAAAUGAUAUUGAGAAGAUAUGAAAGAUGUGGACAUGAGAAUUUACACUUAAAAAUUGGUUGUACCAAUGUGGAUGAGUGUAAGGUGCACAAAGAAGGUUAUAAUAAACUUAACCAGAGUUUGACAACUACACAGAGCAACGUAUUUCAAUGUGGCAAAUAUGCAAACGUCUUUCAUGAAUGUUCAAAUUCAAACAGACAUAAGAUAAGGCAUACUGGAAAGAAACUUUUGAAAUGUGAAGAAUAUGUCAGAUCAUUUUGCAUGCUUUCACAUCUAUCUCAACAUAAAAUAAUUUAUACUGGAGAGAAUUCCUACAAAUGUGAAGAAGGUUACGAAGCUUUUAGCUGGUCCUCACCCCUUACUUAUUAUAAGAGUAUUCAUACUGGAGAGAAACUCUACAAAUGUGAAGAAUGUGGCAAAGCUUUUAGUAAUUUCUCUAUCCUCACUAAACAUAAGGUAAUUCAUUCUGGAGAGAAACCCCACAAAUGUGAAGAAUGUGGCAAAGCUUUUAAUCGAGCCUCAAUCCUUACUAAACAUAAGAGAAUUCAUACUGGAGAGAAACCCUACAAAUGUGAAGAAUGUGGCAAAGCUUUCAACUCGUCCUCAAAGCUUAUGGAACAUAAGAGAGUUCAUACUGGAGAGAAACCCUACAAAUGUGAAGAAUGUGGCAAAGCCUUCAGCUGGUCCUCAAGCCUUACUGAACACAAGAGAAUUCAUGCUGGAGAGAAACCCUACAAAUGUGGAGAAUGUGGGAAAGCUUUUAAUCGAUCCUCAAUCCUUACUGAACAUAAGAUAAUUCAUACUGGAGAGAAACCCUACAAAUGUGAAGAAUGUGGCAAAGCCUUUAGUAAGGUCUCAACCCUGAACACACAUAAGGCAAUUCAUGCUGAAGAGAAACGCUACAAAUGUGAAGAAUGUGGCAAAGCUUUCAACUCGUCCUCAAAGCUUAUGGAACAUAAGAGAGUUCAUACUGGAGAGAAACCCUACAAAUGUGAAGAAUGUGGCAAAGCCUUCAGCUGGUCUUCAAGCCUUACUGAACACAAGAGAAUUCAUGCUGGAGAGAAACCCUACAAAUGUGAAGAAUGUGGGAAAGCUUUUAAUCGAUCCACAAUCCUUACUAAACAUAAGAUUAUUCAUACUGGAGAGAAACCCUACAAAUGUGAAGGAUGUGGCAAAACCUUUAGUAAGGUCUCAACCCUGAAUACACAUAAGGCAAUUCAUGCUGAAGAGAAGCCUUACAAAUGUGAAGAAUGUGGCAAAGCUUCCAACUCGUCCUCAAAGCUUAUGGAACAUAAGAGAAUUCAUACUGGAGAGAAACCCUACAAAUGUGAAGAAUGUGGCAAAGCCUUCAGCUGGUCCUCAAGCCUUACUGAACACAAGAGAAUUCAUGCUGGAGAGAAACCCUACAAAUGUGAAGAAUGUGGCAAAGCCUUCACCUGGUCCUCAAGCUUUACUAAACACAAGAGAAUUCAUGCUGUAGAGAAACCUUACAAAUGUGAAGAAUGUGGCAAAGGCUUUAGUACAUUCUCAAUCCUUACUAAACAUAAGGUAAUUCAUACUGGAGAGAAACGCUACAAAUGUGAAGAAUGUGGCAAAGCCUUCAGCUGGUCCUCAAUCCUUACUGAACAUAAGAUAAUUCAUACUGGAGAGAAACCCUACAAAUGUGAAGAAUGUGGCAAAGCCUUCAGCAGAUCCUCAAGCCUUACUAGACACAAGAGAAUUCAUACUGGAGAGAAACCCUACAAGUGUGAAGAAUGUGGCAAAGCCUUUAAGUCAUCCUCAACCAUUAGUUAUCAUAAGAAAAUUCAUACUGGAGAGAAUCCCUAAAAAUGUGAAGAAUGUGGCAAAGCCUUCAGUUGAUUCUGUCUUUAGUAAACAUAAGAAAAUUCAUACUGGAGAGAAAAUUUACAAAGGUGAAGAAUGUGACAAAGCUUUUAAACAGUCCUCAACCUUUAUUACAUGUAAGAAAAUUCAUGCUGGAGAGAAACACUACAAAUGAGAAUAAUGUGAGAAAGGCUUCAACCGGUCCUCAAACCUUAUGGAAUAUAAGAGAAUUCAUACUGGAGAGAAACCCUACAAAUGUGAAGAAUGUGAUAAAGACUUCAACUGGUCCUCACACCUUACUACUCAUAAAAGAAUUCAUACUGGAGGAAAAACCCUACAAAUGUGAAAAAUGUGGCAAAGCUUUUCAUUAGUUCUCAACCCUUACUGAACAUAAGGGAAUUUAUACAGGAGGGAAACCCUACCAAUGUGAAAAAUGUGGCAAGCCUUUUAGCUGUUCCUCAAUCCUUACUAAACAUUCAUGUAAGUCAUACUGGAGGGAAUUCCUACAAUUGUGUGGAAUGUGGCAAAGCCUCUAACCAGUCCUUAAGGGUUACUACAUAUAAGACAAGUCAUACUGGAGAGAAACCCUACACAUGUGAAGAAUGUGGGAAAGCCUCUAACAGAACCUCAGAUUCUUAACAGAUGUAAGCUAAUUCAUACAUGAGAGAGACUCUACAAACUUGAAAGAUGAGACCAUGCUUUUGGCAAUACCUCAGACUUUUCUGAAUAUAAAAGAAAUCAUAUGGACGAGAAAUCCUAGAAAUGUGAGGAAUGUGACAAAGCCUUUAAAUGGCUGUCACACUUGAUUGUAGGUAUGAUAAUAUACUGGAGAAAACUACUAGAAUAAACAAUGGCAAACAUUUAACCAAUACUCGUGCCUUAUUGCAAAGGAAAGCAUUUAUACUAGCCUGGGCAACAGAGAGACUCUAUCUGGGAAAAAAAAAUUGUGAAUGCCACUAAUAUCUUCUCACAUCUUAUUAAACGUCAGAGAGUUCAUACUAAAUAAAAGUAUUAAAAGUGCAAUUAUUGUCACUAGAUCUUUCAGAAAAUAAAAGCCCUUAAAGUACAGAAGAAUAUUUAUUUUGAGGAAACACGUUACAAAUAUAAAGAGGGUUGUAGUACAUGUACUUGUAUCACAGAUUUUAUUGUACACAUUUUGUACUACAGGAAAACCUGAGGUAGUUUUUCCAACUUUGCUCAACAUCAGGGAAUUUAUAUUGAAGAAUAACUGCAAAUUUAAUAAAUUUGGAAAAACAUUUUUACAAAAACUACAGAAUUAUAAAACACAAAAGUUUAUACUAAAAUAUAUUUUUGCAGAUACAGUAAAUAUAAAAAUAUUUAAUCCAAAAUUGUUUAUGUAAAUAUCAGAUAAUUCACAGUAGAAAUACCUAUCUUUCAAACUUCAGACAUUACACUAAAUCAGACUGCUGAGUAUAGAAAAAAAUCCAAAACUAAAGUUUUUAAAAAGAAAAAUUAUUUGUAUAUGACUUUGAAAGAAGUAGACCUUUGAAGAGUUACAUUUACAUGUAAAGUAUACUUUUAUCUUAAAAAUACCGAUUUUUUUUUUUUGCCAGACACAGUGGCUUACACCUGUAAGGCCAAUACUUUGUGAUGCCAAGAUGGGCAGAUCACCUGAGGUCAGGAGUUCAAGACCAGCCUGGCCAACAAGGUGGAACCCCAUGUCUACUAAAAAUAAAUACAAAAAUUAGCUAAACAUGGUGGUGCACACCUGUAGUCCCAGCUACUUGGGAGGCUGAGGCAAGAUAACCACUUGAACUGGGAAGUGGAGGUUGCAGUGAGCACAGAUUGCAUCAGAGUAACCAAUAUAACAUGGUUCUGGUACAAAAAUAUACAUAUAGACCAAUGAAAUGGAAGAGAGAGUCCUGAAUUAAGCUGUACUUUGCACCCAGGUUAUUUUUACAAAGCCAACAGAAUUAAAUCCCUAUUCAGUGAAUAAUACUGGGAAAACUGGUUAGUCAUAUGUGGAAGAAAACUGGAGUCCUACCUUUUUCUAUAUAUAUAUAAAAAACAACAUAAAUUAAAGACUUGAGCUGUGAGUCUUCAAACUACAAAAUUCUUAGAAGAAUACUUAGAAAAUAUUGGCCUCUCUAAAGAAUUUAUGACUAACAUGAACAUGAGUGCAACAAAAAUAAAAAAUGACAUCUAAUUAAGGCAAAGAUCUUCUGCACAGUAAAAGAAACUAUCAACAAAGUAAAUAGAUGACCUACAGUAUGAAAUAAAAUAUUUGCAAACUGCAGACAAUGAAGGAUUAAUACGCAGAAUCUAUAAAACAUUUAAUAAAAAAGCAAACAAAUGAUAUGAAUAGCCAGCUUCUUCUCAAAGGAAGACAUAAGCACUGCCAAUAAACAUGUAAAAAUUGCUCAACAUUCCUAAUUAUCAGAAAGAUGUAAAUCAAAGUGACAAGGUGAUACCAUUUCACACCAGUAAGAAUGACUGUUAUUAAAAGUAAGAUAAAUAAGAUGUUGAAGUUGUGGAGAAAAGAAAAUCUUUCUACACUGUUGGUGGGAAUGCAAAUUAAUUCAGGGCCUGUGCAAAGCAGUUUGGAGACUUCUCAAAGAACUAGAAAUAGAAUUGCCAUUUGACCAAUCUAGCCCAUUACUGGAUAUCUGCCCCAAAAAAGAAUAAAUAAUUUUGCCAAACAGACACCAGCACUCACAUGUUCAUUGCAACACUAUUCACAAUAGCAGAAACAGAAUUAAACCAGUUACCCAUGAGUCUUUUAUUGGAUAAGAAAAAUGAUGUACUUACACAACCUCCAAUACCAUGCAGCAAUGGAAGAGAAUGAAGUAACGUCUUUUGCCGCAACAUGAAUGCCGCAGAAGGCCAUUAUUCUAAGCAAAUUGAUGCAUCACAAAAACAAAUGCCACAUGUUCUCACUCAUACAUGGACGCUAAAAAUUGGGCGCACAUGGAAACAAAGAUGAAAACAAUAAGGAAGGGAGACAAGCAUUGAAAAUUGGCUUAGGUAUGAUGUAAACUACUUGGACAAUGGAAUUAUUAAGUGUUCAAACUCAAUAUCAUGUAGUAUACCUGUUUUACAAAUCUGCACAUGUACCCCUUAAAUAUAAAAUAAAAAUAAUAAAAUGCUUUCUGCUAUAA